AUGCCUUGCUUCAAAGGUCUCGCGGUGAGCAUUCACACGCCGGAUGGCGCUAUCUCCGAAUACUCCAUUCAACGCCAGUCCCGAGCCUCUCGCAUAGCCUGCUUCAUCCCGGUGCCUCCGCCCAAAGUUCCUGACUCCAAGAGCGGAAAGCCUGAACAAUCCACCUUCGCCAUUUCUAUCACCUUAUUGAAUGCCGGCCAGGAUGUCCCUUACUCAACCCCCAAACCAACACCUGAUUGCCAAUCCCCGAAACCGAAAGUUGUCGGUGGUCUACCAGGCCAGACAAGCGAACGCGGUCAAUACUCCGGCGCAGUUUCACCAUACCAGGCAUUGACUAAUUCACAGAACGAGACUGUCGCCGCCUACAUAUACUUCGACGGACGACAGAAGGAGGAAGUAGCAACACUUCUGCGGAGAGGAGAGGAGACAUGGGUCAAUUCGCGCUGGGUCAGUAUCCCCGAAUCUGAGGGUGGGGGCAUUGCCGAGCGCGAGUUCCUCUUCCGCGAGGUUGGACUGGAGCGUUGGCUCAACGGAUUGGAUCUUGAAGGGAAAGAUGCAGCUGCCAAGAUCGAGCGCCGACGACAGAAAAUUGAGAAGCGUCGUGCAAAGCGUCUUGAAGAGGGCCAGAGUGUUAUGGAAAUGGAAGCCGACAGCUCGAAGCCCAAGAAUAUCAUGCGAUACGGAAGUGACGCAAAGGCGCCACUUGAGAAUGUUUCUGAUGACGAUUUUUCCUCGGAUUCUGAUGAUGAUGAUCCAAUCCCGGAGACUGCUGGGCAAAUCAAGGUCGCCUUGUUCCGUGUAUUGGCAUCCGGAGAAAUCAAGCGUGGUGAAUACUCCCCACAAUUCGAUGCACACGACGAUGAUGAGGAAGGUGGCCAAGGCAAUAGCAAUGGAGAUGCCGACAUAGAUCACACUACCAGCUUCGCCAAACCUAAGAGUCUCGACCCCAAGUCCAUCAGCACCCAGACCGUCACUGGCAUUGACCCAACUGACAAGCCCUACGCUACUUUCACAUUUAUGUACCGCGGUGAACGACAACUGCAGAAGAUGGGCAUGUUGAAGGACCCUAAGGCACCCGAGACACCGGCUGUGAAACGCAAGUCCAUACAAGCGGACUUUUCUAGCCUUGGCCCUCUCAAAUCCGGUGGAACUGUUGGAUUCCUUAAUUUCCGGGAUCAAGAAUCUGGGCGUAAGGGUAAAAAGGGCGAGGAUGAGAUGGAUAGUGAUGACGACGAUGCCGAAAAUCCUAUCCUGAACAAGGCUGAUGAUGAGGAGGCCAAGGAUGAUAACCAUUUCUUGUCUCCUGAUGAUAUCAGGCGUGAGGGAGAGCUAGAGGAGGGUGUCCGCAAGAUUCGCCUCAAACGCCAGCAUUCUGCUGAGCCCUCCAAUGAGAAUGGAGAGACGAAUUCAAGCGGCACCCCAGUUUCUAGCACUACGCCUCCAGCUACUGAGCGCUCAACAACUCCACCUAAGACAAUUUCUGAUUCCACUGCGGGUCCGUCUGAGCCAGUACAGCCUCCAUCAGAUUUAGCAGAUGGCUUCAUAGGAAGUCCCCUGAAGAAGCAACGUGCGAGUGUAUCUGCCGCUGACGAAAAUGCUCUUCGACGCCGCAUUGCAGAGUCCUCCGGUCGCAUAAAUGAGGUUCUAGCUGCAGAGGCGAAUCAGACAGCCCCCGUGAGUGCCCUUUUUGGAAACAAUGGCAAGGCUGCUGAGUCUACAGCUCCCCAAGACGAGGAUGAAGAGGAGCUAUGA